CAAGCUUGUAUAGAAAGGCAUAUGUGCGAGAUCCAAGAUCAAACGAAUAUUUAUUGCACCAACAUUCUGUCAGGGAACUCUGACGAGACGAGAACUAGUUUUAGCUUCGAGCUGAACGCCCGUCAGUGGCUGUGUGUGAUCGGUAGUGACCUUUCUCGUUGUUGUCGUUCUCGUCAUCGUUGCAGCUACAGCCAUUUGGAAUUUCAUUAGAACUUCGUAGAUUAUCCAGGAUCCGAAAUUGUGAUCAUGAUUUUUUGAUUGACUGUGGAUUCUACAAGUUCGAAAAACUUUAGAAUGCACAUUCGGACAUUGGUGACCGUACUGCAGGUCGUGUGGUACGGAUUAGCAUUUACGUUUGCGACGAUCGACAAUGAUCGCUUUGGUGGGUGACAUCAUCGAGGGCGAUAGCUGCGUUUUGGCGGAUGGAACCAACGGAACAUGCAGCCGCGAUCUUGAGUGUGAAUAUUUGAAAACAAUUCCGCAGCAUUCCUGGAUCAAGUGUUCGUUUGACAAGAAUGUGUCGAUUGUGUGCUGUCGCAGUCCUCCAAAGACGCGCUUCGAUAUGAAAAGUAGAAGUGAACAAAUGUGUGAUAGCUUCGAUUCGUUCAAUGAUGCAGCGAACCACAUCUACGCUGGUACGGAAGCUGGCGAAGACGAAUUCCCGUAUCUUGGGGCGCUCGCUUUCACCGGCGGAAACGAACUGGCCUUUCGUUGUGGAGCUAACCUCAUUUCGGAUCAGUACAUGCUAACUGCGGCGCACUGUUUAACUUUUGAGCGGCCUGCGUUCGUUCGAUUGGGAGUCGUUGACAUAGUUACCAAAAGUAAAACCGAUCCUCCAGUUGACAUAGGCAUUGAGGAUAUUAUCAUUCAUCCAGACUAUGUCCCCCGCCCAUUGGCGAACGACAUCGCACUGAUUAAAUUGAACCGAACUGUGACGGAAGACUUCCUCAAACGGAUAUGCUUGUACACCAAUAUCUCAGAUCCGUCUCCUGAUGUAAAAUUGUCAAUCGCUGGCUGGGGAAGUACCGAGUCGAACGACUGGGAGAUGUCUCCGGUGCUGCUGAAGGCCAAUGUAACCACAUACGACCGGGAAGACUGCAACAAAAUCCUAAUAGAGGAUAAAACUCCCCGCCGGAAGCUACUGAAGUUGAAUACGGAUCAGCUGUGUGCCCUGGGACGGAACACGACCGGACAUAAUACAGGGGACACGUGCGUCGGAGAUUCGGGUGGGCCGUUGGAGCUAGCGAUCGGGCGUCGAAGGUGGAUCGUCGGGUUGACAUCAACGGGGAAGAUCUGCGGAACGAGUUAUCCCGGUAUCUACACUCGGGUGUCCCAAUUUAUCGGCUGGAUCGAGAAGGAGGUUUGGCCGGAAAAUUAAAGAGGACGGGAAGUGGCGUGAAUGAUUGAGUUGAAUGAGAGUGCUUAUUCGUGGAGAUUAAGACAAAAUGUGAUUGAAAGCAAAUAAUACCUUUAGGUGACAUUAUACGCAAAACCAACUUUUUAGUAGAUUUUUAUUUUUA